UUCGCCAUCCCCAUCACUGCGACUGCCCCAAAACUCACAAAAUCACCGGCAAGCUCCAUGGACAGGCAUGUUGCAGUAUUGGGGUUCCCCACCCAUGCAGCUAACCUCUUUAAACUCCUGCGCCGAUUAGCAUGUGCCGCACCCACCACCAUCUUCUCCUUAUUCAACACUGCCAGGGCCCACAGCACCAUCUUCUCUGCUCAACAUCCCCACGGUAUUCCCAAUCUAAGAGUCUAUGAUGUGGCAGACGGCGUGCCAGAGGACCGCGUGCUUUCAGCAACCCACCAGGAAUGCAUCGUGCUGUUCUUGAAGGCGACGCCCGGGAACUUUCGCGAUGCUAUAGAAGUGGCGGAGGCGGAGAUUGGAAAGAAGAUAAGUUGCCUGGUGAGUGAUGCCUUUUUGUGGUUCACCGCUGCUAUGGCUGAGGAAAUGGGGGUUCCUUGGGUGGUUAUUAGGACUGGUGCGCUUUACUCACUCUCCGUCCACAUUUAUACUGAUGCUAUCCGGAAUGCAGUCGGAGUUGCAGGGGAGCCGGAAGACCAAACCCUUGAUUUCAUUCCAGGAUUCUCAGCAAUAAAGGUUGAAGACCUUCCUGAUGGAAUAGUUUUCGGGGACUUUGAAUCUCCCUUUGCAUGCAUAUUUUAUAACAUGGGGCUGAUGCUACCACGAGCAACUGCCGUUGCCACAAACUCCUUCGAAGGGCUAGAGCCCACCAUUGUCACAAACGAUCUCAAGUCGAAGCUCCAAAAAGUUCUUCCCGUCGGUCCCUUUGAACUAUCAUCAUCACCACCACGGAUAUGGGAUGCCAGUGGCUGCCUGCCAUGGUUAGACAAUAAAAAGGAAGCAUCAGUCGCAUAUGUUGGUUUUGGAAGCAUAGUAACACCACCACCCAACGAGAUUGUAGCAUUGGCAGAAGCCCUAGAAGCAACUGGGAUACCGUUUCUUUGGUCUCUUAAGGAACAUGCAAUGGACAAUUUACCAAAAGGAUUUCUAGAGAGGACGACCGCUCAGGGAAAAGUAGUUUCGUGGACUCCCCAGCCUCAAGUCUUAGCACAUGCCUCAGUUGCAGUAUUUAUUACGCAUUGCGGUUGGAACUCAGUGAUUGAGAGUAUAGUUGGCGGGGUGCCUAUGAUCUGCAGGCCAUUCUUUGGAGAUCAACGUCUCAACAGGCGGAUGGUACAGGAUGUAUGGGGGAUUGGUGUGGGAGUUGAGGGAGGCAUCCUCACAAAAAGUGGAGUAAUGAGAGGACUUAUUUUGUCCCAUGAAUGGAAGGAAAUGAGAAAGAAAAUCGGAGUCCUGAGAGAGCUUGCUAGAAGGGCUGUUGAACCAAAUGGGAGCUCAACUCAAAAUUUAAGUAACUUGUUAGAGGUAAUCGCAACAUCUAAGUUACAUUUGGAUACCAAUAAGUAGCUGGCUCAAUGGUGUUUACCAAUUAGUAGCUGGCUUAAUGGUGUUUGUGUUUCGUCUAGAGUGACUUUAGGUAUUAAUAGAUAGAAAUUGGAGUCUGUAUCUCUUAAUGUGUAUUAAAAAAAUGCACCAAACCAUGCUUAUUGGUAUAAGUAAA